AUCAACAUUUAAUUUUCCCCUUUACUCUCACCACAUCCUCCAAAAGCCUUCUCAGACAAACGUUUUUCAAGCAUCUUCCUUUCGGAAUUAUUUUGGAAAUGUAGUUUAUACUGGAGUUUAAUGGGAUCCAGCUGUUUUACAUAGAGCCCUGGUGAGAGAUCAGACAUCAGCAUCAUCCAGUUAUGAAGUGAAGAUCAAAGCACAUGUGGAUUGCGUGUCUAAUGGGCUGCAUGAUUCGGAUCUGCUUCUUCACAGAUCUUUCGAUCUUUCACACUUCUCUUCAGGAUGUCUCUGAUGUUUGGGAAAGCAAGAACUUGUAACAUUGUAACUGUUCCUGAGCAUGAGCCUUCAGAGUGUAAUAUUGUGGUUUUGGGAGCAAUGGGAUCUGGAAAGUCAGCACUUACUGUGAAAUUCCUCACAAAGCGGUUCAUCAGUGAAUAUGACCCAAACCUUGAGGAUACUUACUCUUCUGAAGAAGACGUGGACCACCAGCCAGUUCUAGUAAAAGUGAUGGACACCGCUGAUCAAAAUGGACCAGUCAACUGUGAGCGCUAUUUAAGCUGGGCCAAUGCCUUCAUCAUUGUUUACAGCAUUGACAAUCAGAAUAGUUUUGAGGCCUGCCAACAGUACAUAGAGACAGUCACCCUUUAUACGAAAGGCCUGCAGCCAGAAGUCCCUGUUAUUCUUCUAGGCAAUAAGGUGGACAUGGAGAGAUAUAGACAGGUGAGCAAGUUAGAUGGUGCAGCUCUGGCCUCACGUUUUGGGUGUCUGUUCUUUGAAGUUUCCGCCUGCUUGGACUUUCUGUCCGUUCAGCACAUUUUUUACGAAGCUGUUCGGGAAGUGAGGCGAGAGACGGAGAGAAGUCCACUCUUCAUCAGCGAAGACAAGCCUGCGAUCAACCUGACCUCUGCUGCUCCCCUCACUGCCUGCUAUAAAGAGCUGCCCACCCCAGCCACCGCAAAGCUGGUUACGGUUAAGUCCUCAAGGGCUCAGAGCAAACGCAGGGCCCCCACGCUUACACUCCUCAAGGGAUUCAAGAUCUUUUGACUAACUGUUGCCCUCUUCU